AUCUCUACAUCUCCCGCUUCGAGUCAACUCUACGUGCUCGUGCCUAUACCCCCCGUGAACCUACUUGCCACACGGGACAAGAAAAAGAACACACUCACACCUCUUCACAAUGGCCUCCCCUACCACUUACGAGGAAUCCUACGAGGAGACCCCCACCAUCGACAGCAACGAGUCGGGUUACGCCUCAGGUUCAUCCAGCCAGGAUAGUCUCCCCGAGGUCUACUUCAGCAAACCUCACUUGAAGUACAUCAACGCUCAACUUCAGAAGCUCGAGCCUCAAGACAUUCUUCGAUGGUGCAUCACAUCACUGCCUGGACUAUUCCAAACAACCGCCUUCGGCCUGACCGGACUCGUCACUGUGGACAUGCUCUCCAAGCUCGAUGGUCCCCUCAAGCCGAGUAUCGACUUGAUCUUCCUGGAUACUCUCUACCACUUCGACGAGACGCUCGCCUUGGUCGAUCGCGUGCGGAAGCGCUACGGCACACCAAUCCACAUCUACAAGCCCGCCGGCGCCGAGACUGCCGACGAAUUUGCCGCCAAAUACGGUGAUAAGCUCUGGGAGACGAACGAUGAGCUUUACGACUUCGUUGCCAAGGUUGAGCCCGCUCAGCGUGCCUACUCGGAGCUCCAGGUGCGCGCAGUCUUGACGGGCCGCCGACGUAGCCAGGGAGGCAAGCGGGGAGAUCUCGACAUCAUCGAAGUUGAUGAUGCGGGCCUCAUUAAAGUGAACCCGCUGGCCAAUUGGUCGUUCAAGGAAGUCCAAGAGUACGUCAAUCAACACGAUGUACCUUCCAAUGAGCUUCUCCAGAAGGGCUACAAGAGCGUUGGCGACUGGCACUCGACACAGCCGGUUGCGCAAGGAGAAGACGAGAGGUCGGGGCGUUGGAAGGGCAAGAACAAGACCGAGUGUGGUAUUCACAACCCCAAGUCACGUUACGCUCAAUUCCUCCAUCAACAAGAGCUGAACCGAAAGACGGAGGAGUUGAGCCAAGCGCUCCAGAAGACGACAUUGGAGGCGUGACGGGGUAAGCGAUGUCGUGAUCGGGAAGGGUUAUGAAUGGUUUAUUUUAGCAUCUUUAGCAUUGGCGUUAUGGUCAUUGGGCGGUUUGCAUUGGCUACGGGGGCAUCGAACUAUGACCCCCCCGUUUACCCCACCAUCUAUCUACGAGUUAGAGUUACCUAGGUAGGUAUUUACACAUCAUUUGGUUUUUUUUCUAUCACGACGACCACACAUUGUUCCAAGCAAUGAUGGUGGCGAAACCAGCACUAGGAAGAAAACAACCCCAAAAGUCGGUCAUUCU